AUGGCCAUAACCGCACUGCCAACAAGGCAACGGCAAGACACGACACGAACACUGCCGAUAUGGGGUAUAAGUGUCCGGCCGCGCCCGCCUUUCCGCCUCGUGCCUGUCGGCGAGCCGGUCCUCGAGAACCUGCCGCACUACCGUGUCCCGAAUCCGCGGCAGUGUCGGGCUCCGAUCCCCAGCGCCGCCAGAACCGCCCGACAACACCGGUCCGCCAAACCGCCGGCUCAGCACCUCCAUGACUUCGUCCGUGAGCACAUGGUCGAUGUCAGUGUCGGCCGAGAAGAGCGACACAAACUCCCUCACCGCCUGAUCCAGCGUCAGAUCAGUCGCAGCAGGGUCUGCGGCGUAUCUGUGUGCCCGUGCCAGGAUGAAGAGCCGGACGCCUUGGAGGUUGGGUGGUGGAGCCGAGGGUGCUGA